AUGGCGGCGGCGGCGCGCGCGAGGCCCAUGUACGGCGUGCUGCACUGCGUCGGCUACUUCAUGACCAACUGCGACCCCGCAGUUCUAGCCGGCGACGACCAAUGGAGGGCGCUGAUCGCUGAACUCAUAGAUCUAUGCUUGCUGGUGAACCAGAGCGUGGCUUGUGUGGUCAACAACGCGUCGCCCGAGGGACACCUGCCUAUGGACGCUGGUGGCAUUGCUACCGAUGACUACGGCAACACGGGUGACCUGAGACUAGAAGAUGGAAGACCAGUUACAGCUCAAAUGGUGCUUCUAUGUGCUUGGAGAUCAGUGAAAGAGAGUCGGCCCAUCUUCACUGAUCCCCAGGUGUCAAACAUUCUCGGCACGCUAGUGGCCCGGAUGAGCAUCGAACUGGAGGACGAGACGGGCUUGCUGUCGCACGAGCAGCUAAAUCGCAUCGGCCAACACUUCACCCAACUGCUGGCUGAGACCAAACAUCGGGGCGCGUUUGAGCAGGCGUAUGUGGGCUUCUCCAGGAUGCUGACCAGGCUGUGGAGGUGCCGCUCGGAGGAGCUGCACCUGAUGCCGCGCAUGUGGCUGCGCGACUGCAUCCGCGUCAUUUCCGCGCCGCAGCCCGGUCUGAGCGCUACACGACGCAGCGCCGGCCUGCCAUACAUGAUCAUGGCUCUUACCACCACAGAAGUGCAGGUGGCAGGCAGCCCCAAAUAUCUACCCCAGUGCAUGACUGCCCUUCUUCGCCUCGCCAACUACGUCCCUAACCUAGACGUGUAUCCUGAAACAAGUAAUGUCGAACAAGAGGCUACUGAUGCACAGGCCCAAAAUGAUGCUUCCACUUUAAAUACUACUACACAUGAGCCCAGUGACCAAGCUAAUGCUUCGGGAGCUACCAAUCAAGAUGAGCCGCAUGACCCAUACGUGGAAGUGAGAACUCACAGCAUGAACAUUCUGCGGGCGCUGUUUAAGACGUCUGCUUUGGAGGAGGCCCUGGGGGGAUACGUUGGGGAGGGGCUGAUGGUCGCACUGCGAGGCUUCGAGAGGGAGACGUGGAUGGAGCGCAACAGUUCCACGCUUCUGUUCAGUGCGUUAAUGGUGCGCAUAUUCGGCGUGGACCGCGCGCGCCACUCCGACCUGCCCGCGCUCCGUAACACCAUGACCGGUCGCAUCUUCUUCCUGCGCUACCCGGCGCUUUACGACUUCAUACUGAACAAGCUGAAGGAAGCGAAUGAAUCGAUGGAGCACGAGCUACAGCCGGCUCUCUGCCCGGUUCUGCUGCUGCUGGGCCGCCUGUACCCGUCCGCGCUCGAGGGCACGGCGUCGGCGCUGCGGCUCGUGGCGCUCCUGCCGCUCGUGGCCGCCGCCGCCCGCAGCCCCGUGCGAGCGGCGCGGGAGCUGUCUGCGCGCGCGCUGCUGCCGCUCGUCGCGCCCGACCAAUACAUGGCGUUCGUCGAGGCGUUGCUUAACGUGAUCUCCGACCCGGAGAUCAAGCGCAACUACUGUCAUGGCGUGUUACUACAGCUUACUCGACUACUAGACGCUCGUCCGGACGAGGCCGCGCUGGAGGGCGAAGCCCUGGCGUGCCUGCGCCUCCGUCUGGACCAGACGCUGUGGAUCGUCGAUCAGGCCGACGGAGACCACGCCUGCUACGUCAUCGCCGACGAGUAUGCGAAGAUGAUCAAUAUGCUGCUCUGGAGGUUCCCAUCUUUGAUUAGUGACGAUUUGUUAUCCCGCAUCCAAUCGCAGAUACACAAAGUGAUAUUCGCAUACUACGUCCCGCCGAUCACGUCGGGCCGCGACGUGUGCAUCGGCAACUUCGUCAAUCUCUACUUCGUGCUGCUCAGGAAAUCGCGCAACAUCAAGACCAGCUCCGAACUGAUCUCCUUGACCCUCAGCCACAAGACUUACGAAGUGGUGCUGAGCACUCUCAACUACCUGCUCAUACUUCACAACAGCCUGGACAUUGAAGACUGCAAAUUCCAAAAGCACCUCUCGACUAUGGUGUACCUCGACAUAUUAGCGGUGAUGAGAAGAAGGUCCGACUACAUCCAGAAACUGUGCAAGAUAUUCGAGACCAGCAAAUACCCGGAGUGCAACCAGAAGGCUUUGAAAGUGUUGAGUUUGGAAAAGAACACGCAGAAGCACAUCGUCGGGAUCAAAAUGGGCGGCAAGCGCGUCAAAUACAUCACGGACGAGGAAAUCAUUUGGAAGCUGUUCGACUGCAUUCAGAAUGAGCACGAGAAUCUGACUCAUAUCUACUUGAAGAGCCUGUGCGGUUUCGUGUCGACGAAGUUGCAGCAGUCGAAGAUAUUCCCGGAGAUCGUGUUAGAGGUGUUACGGGUCAUCCACUCCUGUAGUACGUCGGACAACAGCGACUGCUCGCGGCAGGAGGUCGCCGAAUUUAUGACAGCUAAUUGCGAAAAACUGCUGAAAAUGGAUUUGGGAAGCAUCAAUGAGAAAGAAAGAUUCGAGUUCAAGUCGCUCAUAUUCGGCAUGCUCGUCACGCUGCUCGAAGACGACGAGCAGAGCAUUCGCUACGCGGCGUCCAACGUCGUCGCCGCCGUCGCCGCGCCCGCCGGCCCGGGCUCGCCGACGCGCGUUAUACCAGCGCGAGCCGCCGAGAUGCUGCGGGCAAUGCUGGACGAGCAGCCGCCGGCUAUGUUGGUCAUGCUCGCGCUCAUGGACUUCAAGUCCGAGGUCUGCGUCACGGACGACAUCGGCGAUGAGUGUCGCGUGUUCGAUCAAAACGAGAGAUACAACGUAUUCCUGGAGGAGUGCGUGUGGAGCACCGCGUGCGCCGACAAGAUUCUGCGCACAUGCGGCGGCGAGCCGAGCGCGCUCGAAUUCGUGCGCCGCGUGCUCGCCGACCAGCUCUACCGACCCACGCUCGAAGCCAUGUGCUGCGCCAACCUGCGCGUCUUCGAGAAGCUGCUCGACAACCAACGAUCCCCCUACAGAAACGCAGUCGAAAACCCCAAAAUCGAAGUAUUCCUCAAGAAACUACGCGGCGAACCGGUCUAAGGCA